CGCUCUUGUUUGUUAGAUUCAGUGUGGAACUAAAGCUAAGCGGAUAGAACAAAUUAUUGUUAAAUUGUGCAUUUCUGUAUUAGGAUGGAGAAACUGUUUUUUAACUCGAAUUUUGGCCUGUAUGGACAUUUCCCUAGAAGAUUGUGAGCACUUCAAGUAUUUCUUAUUAGGGAUUAUCUUGACAUUUGCAUGAACGUGCACCUGUGCAUCCAAGUCAUCCAGAUGAUCGUUUAGUAUCCAUGAUCUCAAGCCUUCUGUCUCUACGAUGGAGAAGUACGAAAAGCUGGCUAAGAUUGGAGAGGGCUCCUAUGGAGUUGUGUUCAAGUGCCGCAACAGGGAAACAGGCCAGAUAGUGGCCAUCAAAAAGUUCGUGGAGUCUGAAGAUGACCCAGUCAUAAAGAAGAUAGCACUGAGGGAAAUCAGGAUGCUGAAGCAGUUAAAGCAUGUGAACCUGGUCAACCUUCUAGAGGUGUUUAGAAGAAAGAGAAGACUCCACUUAGUCUUUGAGUUCUGCGAGCAAACCGUCCUCAAUGAACUCGACAAGCAUCCCAGAGGGGUUCCUGAGGCCCAGCUGAAAAGCAUCAUCUGGCAAACUCUUCAAGCUGUCAACUUCUGCCACAAACACAACUGCAUCCAUCGAGAUGUGAAACCAGAAAACAUCCUGCUGACCAAGACGGGGGUCAUUAAGCUGUGUGACUUUGGGUUUGCCCGCAUCCUAACUGGCCCAGGUGAUGACUACACCGACUAUGUGGCUACUCGCUGGUACCGUGCACCGGAGCUACUGGUGGGUGACACACAGUACGGCCCACCGGUAGAUGUGUGGGCGCUGGGCUGUGUCUUCGCCGAGCUCCUGAACGGGUAUCCGAUCUGGCCUGGCCGAUCAGACGUGGAUCAGCUCUACCUUAUACGCAAGACGCUGGGUGAUCUGAUCCCUCGACAUCAGCAGGUAUUCCGUUCCAACGCCUUCUUCAAUGGAGUCAGCAUCCCAGAGCCAGAUACCAUGGAACCUUUGGAGAAGAGGUUCCAUGGUGCAUCGCCUCAUGCCAUUUCUGUACUCAAGUCAUGUCUUGUGAUGGACCCUGUUGAGAGGCUGACAUGUGAGGAGCUGUUGGAGCUGCCGUACUUUCAGGACGAGGCAGGGCUCGGAUGGGGAAGGGAGAGCGAAAGGCCCGUGAGGCGGCAUGAGAAAGGCGGCAGACGCAGAGUUCCCGGGGCCCAGUAUUUGCCUCAGCUUACUAGCAGCAACAUUUCCCCAGCACCCGAGCUGAAGAACAAGUACAAACACAAGUAUGACCACCAUCUGCCCAACAUCUGACCAGACACAACCAGUCAAAUUCAGAUGUUUUGCAUUUGGGGAUUAGAUACAGGAACAUUAAAUUUGAUCUAUAUG